ACACUGGAGCCAGCAACGGCUAGCUGAUGUGGCAAAUCUGAAUUUUGUACCAAAUCUGGUCCCUGGUCCCAUUAAAACCCUAAAAGCUAAGAUCAUCCUCUUCAUUGCCUGAGCUUCAAACUGCUGCUGCUGAUUCCUUCUCAGAUCAUCCUCUUCAUCACCUCCAGCUCCAGGUAAUAACACAUACAGAUCAUAUGCCUUCCAUUUUGAUCUGCCAUUUCUCUAUUUCCUGAUUGCUUGCUGCUGCUACCAUAAUAUGAAUGUAACUUGGCUAAAUUUCAGUUUCCUCUAAAACUGUAAUCACUCAAUACUCAAAACUAUAAGCUGCCGCUGCUUUUGUCAGUUUGCAAUUGUUUGAUGUAGCAUUGCAUUGUGUUACUUACUGUAGACAUGUGUUGCAAAUGCAAAUGAAAAAGGUGACAAGGCUUCCUUGAUUCCUCACUCCAGACGGCCUGCACUCCCCUCUCUGCAAAUACCCCCAUGGUCAUUAGAUGCCGCAUUAUCUUCUUUCGCAAAGACGGAUGGUCCUUCCACAUCCACCUACUUCAAGGACCCUCUCUCUUAAUGGUAAAGGUUCAUUCUCUCCAUUGUCAAAGGUUGCCCACUCAUUACCGGUUACUCCAAUCGUAUCUUUGGGUCAAGAAAGUGUACAUGGCAGACAUCUGGGAUGUGCUUCUGAUUUAAAUACAAUGGUUGUCAAGCAGCAUAUAACUCGAUCACUUUCGGUUCCAGUUGAUGCCAAAGCCAGCAAAUUGAGGUGCACUCAAUCUAGGGUCUUGAUUCGUAUCAUUUCAGCCAGGCGGCAUCUUGCAACUGUUGAUGGAACUUCAACUGGUGAUUCUUCAGUCAUGGAGAUUGGUAAUUGCUUGAAAUAUAUGUAG